UUCAUAUCUAUACACAUAGGCUGACGAGCUUAUCGAUGCACUUCUCUCAAGUCAUUCUUUCAACGCAUCUAUCAUGGAAAACAACAGAGUUAAAAUAUCCGUGCAUGAAGGAAAGUUAAUCGGCAUUGUGGAGAAAAAUGUUUACAACAAUUCUUACAUCGCUUUUCGAGGAAUACCAUAUGCGAAACCACCAAUCGGAGAACUCAGAUUCAAGUUUAAAAUAAAAUCUAUUAUAUGGGUCAAAAUGGUCCUGCAUUUGUCUCCUAUGUCUGUUGAAAACCAUUCGUCUUCCAAGAGUUUAUUUCAUAAAGCAAUUCCGCAAAGUGGUGUUAUGGCGUGUCCUUGGGCCUUUACUGAACGAGAACCACAUACAAAGAACAUGGGUUUUUUGCUUGCCAAGAAACUGGGAAAACCGACUGCAGAUCCGAAAGUCGCUUACGAAUUUCUCAAAACAAUCGAUGCGAAAAAGCUUAUAGAGACCCAAGAGAAGUCUCUCGUAACAGAGCGUCAAAAUCUUUUGAUGUUUACACCUACUUUGGAUCACGAGUCAUCGAAUCCAGCUUUCCCGGAAAAUCUAGAAACGUUUAUACAUCGUGGGGUUAAUGUACCAUUACUUUUAGGUUUUACCAGUUGCGAAGGAUCUCUUAUUAUGAGCAAUACUUCUCAAAACCGCAUUGGCAAAGAAGAACUGAAAAAAUUUGAUUCAGACUUCACAAUAGCCAUAACACCAAGAGUUUUAUCAAUAUUACCAAAGAUACCGAUCACAGUGGAAGAAUUACGAUCUAUAUAUUUUGGCGACAAAGCAGUGUCAGAAGAAACUUUAAUAAAUUAUGUUAAUUUUAUUGGGGACGAGUUGUUUUGUCGUUCUAUAAUGGAGGUAACAGAUAUUCAGACAAAACUGAAUAGAAACAAUAACAAUGCGACAUAUCUGUAUAAAUUUUCAUACGAGAGUGAAACUUCUUUUACAAAAAAAUUAUUUAACAUUACACUCCCAGGAGUAACUCAUGGUGAAGAGUUACCUUAUUUAUUUUAUUCUAACAUGAUGAAAGAUUUCGGCCUAUCACCACCUGCACCUGAUUCAGAGGACUAUAAAAUGAUGAAUUGUUUAACACAAAUGUGGACAGAUUUCGCUAAAACAGGGAAUCCAACGCCUAUCACAAAUUUGUGGUUACCGGUAACAAACUCACAAAAAGGAAAUUAUAAUUAUUUAAAUAUCGACAAGAUUUCACAAAUGAAAGUUUUCCGUAAAGGAGAAGAAAGUUGGGAUUGGAAAGAAAAUAAGAAUAAGUCACAGCAUUAAAAGUUUACCUAUGUUAUAACAAAUAUACAAUAUAUAUAAUAAAUAUACAAAUAUACAAAUA